CUCUGCAGCCCCAGCGGGGUGACCUGGCUGACAUGGAGACACCCGGCCCCAACCAGGGCCCGACGCUGACCACGACGGAGCCCUCCAACACGGUGAAACUGCUGCACCUGCUCCUCCUCUCCGCCUCCUGGGGGAUGCAGAUCUGGGUGACCCUGGUGGCAGGGCUGGUGAUGCGCAGCCGCCUCCCCCGCCACACCUCCGGCCUGGUGCAGAGAGAGCUCAGCCCUUACUACUUCCACAUCGGCUCCACCUGCGCCUUCCUCAACCUGACCCUGUUUGCCAUGCAUCACCCCAGCGAGCUGCUCAGCGAGGAGGAAACCACACAGAUCAUCAUCUUCUUUGUCUGCGUGGCCGUCUCCGCGCUGAACACGCAGUGGUUGGGGCAGGCCAGCUGCGACAUCGCGGCGGAGAUGCACCGCAUCGAGCGCGCCCACGGGCUGGGGCAGGAGGUGGGGCUGCUCGCCGGGGGGGCCUGCAGGGAGCUGCGCGCCUCUGACCCCAGGCUACAGGGCAGCUGGCCCGGCAGCUCGGCCUCUACCGCGCCGCCUCCACCCUCUGCGACCUCUGCUGCAUCGCCUGCAACGGCGCCAGCCUCUACCGCCUGGCCACCCACCUCUCCACCCUGUGAGCACCGCUGCAAAGUGACCCUGGGGUUCGGAGUUUCGCCAUCCCCAGAGGUGCCGGAGCUCUGUUUGUGCACAGCGCAGCGAUUUGGAAAUAACUAAACAGAACGCCCACCUGCUUGCUUGAUUUCGAGCUGUCCGAAGGCAGAACUGGAAAGGGAAAUGUCCUUCGUGAUCGAAGCAGAAGCUGCUAUGGCUGGAGAGCUUGUCGGUGCCCUCUGAACGUGAUGUUUCCAAACCUGCAGCUUUGGGACAGAGAAAUUUGGGAUUCAGAAUUAAUUUUGAUUAAAGUGGAAGCUCCUACAGAAGCA